GUCACUAUCGUUCUCCUUAACACACGCGCACACACACACUUACACGUACACAAUAUGUCACUAUGUUCACUCUCUCCCUGGUACUACAGAGAACAAUGGAACAAUGCAGCUCUUCUGUGAUCCAGGCUGGCGUCUCCGAGCUGAGGCUCUACUCCUCACAAGACUGAGCGCUGCUGUGAUGCUGCACAGCGCCGAAGAUGAGCGAGGUGAGACGGUCAACAUCAAGCUCCUAUCGGCCGAGGUCCAGCUGGAUAAAGAGGCCAAAAAGAGAAUGGAAACCUUUGGAGGACCGAAGCUGCACAGAUCUGCCAUGGUUCCUGUUAUUUACGUUGUUCCUUGUGGGAAUGGGUGGCAUCUGUGGGUUUACCAUCAUGACUGGAGGGGCGGCGCGGCUCGUCUUCGGAUAUGACAGCUACGGUAACACGUGUGGCCAACGCAAUGAGCCCAUCGAAGGGGUCCGGCUGAGUGGUCUCGACCACACUGACAGAAAAUUCGUCUUUUUCCUGGAUCCAUGCAACAUAGACAUCAUUCAAAGGAAGAUAAAGUCCAUGGCGCUGUGCGUGUCACAAUGUCCCACUGAGGAACUGGCGACUUACUUCGACCUCAAGAGGUUUGCCAUGAUGAAUGGGUCUGAGCUUUGUUCUUAUGAGUUACCCGGUCACAAGUACCCACAACUUCCCGAGCGCUUCGAAAAGUGUCCCAAACUUCCAGUACCAGAGAGCAAAGCUCUACCAGUGUUUAACCGCUGCACGCCGGUGGAUAUCUCCUGCUAUGCUAAGUUUGCUGAAGCGGUGAUCACGUUUGUCAGUGAUAACAGCAUGUUGAACAGGCUGAUCGCCGGGGUUGCAGCCAGCAAAGAGAUCAUUGUUGGGCUGUGUCUGCUGGCGCUAGUUUUGUCCAUGAUCCUCAUGGUGAUCAUUCGUUACAUCUCUGCUGUCCUGGUUUGGAUCCUCACUGCACUGGUGGUUCUGGGUUCCCUGGGAGGUACCAGCGUUCUGUGGUGGUUGUACAUAGACUAUAGAAUGACAAUGAAUGAGACCAUGACUAAAGAUCUGAUAGAAACAGAAGAACCCAAUGAUGGCAUGAAGACCACCAAAGACCACGCUCAAGGACUGCUCAUCUACGCUGUUUCAGCGACCGUGUUCACUGGAAUUUUGUUGCUUCUGAUGUUGUUUAUGAGGAAGAGGGUGGCUCUGACCAUCGCCCUGUUUCACGUGGCGGGAAAAGUGUUUAUCCACCUGCCGUUGUUGGUACUGUUGCCCUUCUGCACGUUCCUCGCUCUUUCUCUGUUUUGGGUCUACUGGAUCAUGGUCCUCCUCUUCCUCGGCACCACUGGGAACCCGGAGAAAAAUGAGGAUACUGGCCUGGUUGAGUUCAGGCUCACAGGAUCGCUGCAGUACAUGACCUGGUACCAUGCAGUGGGACUGAUCUGGAUCAGUGAGUUCAUCCUGGCUUGUCAGCAGAUGACCGUAGCCGGAGCUGUGGUAACCUACUACUUCACAAGGGACAAAACCAAACUCCCGGUGACACCCAUCCUGUCAUCAGUGCUACGGCUGGCGCGGUAUCACCUGGGCACUGUGGCCAAGGGCUCCUUCAUCAUCACCCUUGUCAAGAUCCCACGCCUCAUUCUCAUGUACAUCCACAACCAACUCAAAGGAAAGGAAAACGCUUGUGCACGCUGCAUGCUGAAGACCUGUAUCUGCUGUCUGUGGUGUCUGGAGAAGUGCCUCAAUUAUUUGAAUCAGAAUGCAUAUGCGGCGACGGCCAUAAACAGCACCAAUUUCUGCACCUCGGCCCGUGAUGCCUUCAUGAUCCUGGUGGAAAACGCUCUUAGGGUAGCGACCAUCAACACCGUUGGAGAUUUUGUUCUCUUCCUGGGCAAGAUCCUGAUCGUGACGUGCACUGCGUUCGCUGGGGUGUUAGCGCUGAACUAUCAGAGAGAUUACACAGAGUGGAUCCUUCCGCUCAUCAUCGUGUGUCUGUUUGCGUUCCUGGUGGCACACUGCUUCCUGUCCAUCUUCGAGAUCGUGGUGGACGUGCUCUUCCUCUGCUUUGCCAUCGACACCAAAUACAACAACGGCACACCUGGGAGGGAGUUCUACAUGGACAAGGCCCUGAUGGAGUUUGUGGAGAACAGCAGGAGGUCAAUGGCAAUGGAAGAGCGGGGGCGCAGCAAGCGCGCCCGUCCCAAGGAAGAUGUAGAGUUGACUGAGGCUAAGGCCAUGGCUCCCGGGACAAGCUCUGCUUGACCAAAAUCAGCCCAUGGAACUUUUUAAAGACAUUCCAAAAUGUUUAUUUUUACCAAUGUGUAACAUGUUUACUAUGGUUUCACUCCAGGGAAUACAAUAUUUUAAUAAGAAACUGUAAAAAAAAACAUGAAAUAACAAUGUAAUGAAGCACUUUAUAUUGGAGCGCUGCAUAUUUUAAAAAGCCUGAUGCAUUUUUCGUAGUGAUGUCCUUUUUAUAAGACUAAAAAUACCCAGUUGCCAUCUAGUGAAACACAGUAUUAAUAAUGUUUAGAAUCACUGGUUUUAUUAUGUCCGUUUUUCAUAAGAAACGUUUAGUUUUAGUUGGUUUUCUUUGUGUUUAUGAGAAACCCACAUACUGCAGUGCAGCACUUUUUAUUUCAUUUAAUUCAAAUAAUGAAGCAUCAACGCUUUUUAUUUCUUAGUUUUUAGAAAAGAAAAAAAAAACUGCUAGUUUGUGUUAUUUGACUAAAAUAAUGUUACCAUGCCUGAAAAUGAGGGCCUUGUCUUUGCAUUUCACUUGUGUGUGAAAAGGUUGGUUGGUUGGUUUCCCUCCAAUGGUGGUGAUUUUUAGUUUGUGAUAAAACUGUAAGUCAGAUUUCCCUGCUGGGACUGUUAGUGCUGAAAGAAACUGCGUCUGGUUAUCUUAAACUGGGAGGAAGACAUUAAUGGUUUCUGACUACAAUCCACAGUUGCUGUAACUAUUAGUAUGAGUGACAUUACAACAAAAAGCACAUACAAACAACAACAACAAAAAUAACUGGUCAGUUACACUACAGUUUUUUAUGUUUUUGGACGUAGUCUCUUAUGCUCACCAAGAUCAAAAAUAUAAUAGAAACUGUAAUAUUGUGAUUUAUUACAAUUUAAAAGAACUGUUUUCUAUUUAAAUAUCUUUAAAAAAAAAAGUUUAUUUGUAUGAUGUCAAAGCUGAAUUUUCAGCGUAAUUAGUUUUCAAUGUCACAAGAUCCUUCAGAAAUCAUUCGAAUGUGCUGAUUUGAUGCUCAAGAAACAUUUCUUUUUAUCAUCAAUUUUAAAACCAGUUGUGCUGCUUAAUAUUAUUAUUUUUUCUUUUUUGGUGGAAACCUUGAUACUUUUUUUUUUUUUCUCAAGCUUCUUGACUGAUGAAUAAAAAGUUCAAAAGAACAGCAUUUAUACAUUUUUUUAAUUAAUAUUUAUUUUUUCUUACCCAAACAUUUUGUAUAGGAAUGUAUCAUGGUUUCUACACAAAUAUGAAGCGGCUAAAACUGUUCCUAACAUUAAUAAUACUAAGAGAAGUUUCUUGAGCACCAGAUCAGUAUGUUCUGGAGAAUCAAGUGACACUGAAGACUGGAGUCAAGAUGCUGAAAAUUCAGCUUUCCAUCACAGGAAUACAUUCAGCAAUAUUUUACAGGAUUACUGUUUUUAAUUUAUUUUUGAUCAAAUAAAUGCAACCUUGGUGAGCAUGAGAGAAUAAAUUAAACAAAUAUAAAGCUGUAAUAAUUCCAAAUGUUUGAUGUGUAAAUAGAAAUGGUUCAUUAGCUUCAGAGCUAACUCAAAACACAAGGCUACUCCUGUUCAUAAAUCAGCAGCAGGGCAAUUCUGGUGCUGCGAUGUGGCUUGGACACUGUCUUCAGUUGUUAAAGAAACAUGACUUUGCCUCACUUGACAGAAAUUGAGUCCAUGAGCAUCCAUGAUGUUAAUCCACAUUUUAAAGCGCUGAGCUCUCCUUGGGUGCAAUUCUUCAUCCAACCUGUAGGUGGGCUGAAUGGCGAAAAGUUGCCUUUUCUUUUUGGAUAGAUAUGUACUAAUGUUUUCUUUUACAUAAUUGUCUUUACAGCACAACAUUUUAGAAUUGAAUUUGUUCUGUUUUGCUUUAAUUCUUUGCAACCAGUGGACAUUUUGGUCUUUAAGCUAGUGAGACUUCUAGGGCCACCGACUUUUAUAUCCGAAUCAAACUUAAGUCUUCCUACUCAUGCAAAGCAUCUUGAAAGGAAACAUUGUUUUAUUUUUUUGCUAGAUAGUACUGUGGGAGAGGAGAGUCACAUGAAACUUGCAUUUUGCCUUAACCAACUGAGUGAAUGUCGCCCCCUGCUGGAUCAUAUAGACGUGUUGAGUGCAGCACAAGACUCAAAACAGAAACAGCUCAUAAGCCUUAAACAGAUCUAACCAUUCACAAUAACGUAACCCAUCAAAUGCCUGAACAUGGUAUUCACGGCCGAGGAGAAUAUAUAUAAUUUAUUAAUGCACAGAGGAAUCUGCCGUCUAUUGGUUUUUGUUUUCUAACAAAUGUCAGGUUUAGCAAAAAAUGUUUGUGAUGUGUGCAGGUUUUGUAUGGAUGUUUUGAAAUGUUACAUAUUGAUAAAUACUGACUGAGGAAUUUAGUUUUUCUUUAUCAUUUUUAUUUUAUGUUUUCUUGUCUUGCAUUGGAGGGAAAUGUUGUGAAUUGUCUUAUGAGAAAUUAAAUUUUUUGUUGUUGUUGUUUUUUGGGUGGGUUCAGAAAUGAACACCGUGUACCUAUGAGAUAUUAAGAAGCAUGAAUUAAAAAAAUCUUGAGAUGUAACAUUUUCCACCCAAAACUUAUGCUGAAAGCAUGUUAAAUAUUGCACUAAGAUGGCAUACAUUAAACACAGAGAUGAAUUAAUGAUAGCUGUAAAACAUUUAUAGUUCAAAUAGUCUGAUAGCGCAUUCAAUAUAGAGAUGUUUCAUAAAUGACUUCUCUGUCAGCAAAAUUGUCUUUUAAAUGGUUGGUGUUGCAGUUUCUGUUCCGCAAACCACAGUUUUAUCAGGUAACAUAUACACUUGAUGACUGAACAAGUAGGUGGUGUUUAAAGAUGAAUGGAGGAACUUGCCUUUUAGAGUGAAUCUCACAAAAACAUGUUAUCCCAAAAAAAAAAAAAAAAAGGAUUUUGCCUAAAAAAAAAUCUGAACCAUUAAGAUUGUUUGUAAUUGUGACAUUAUUUUCAUGAGGAAUUGAAGAGAAAUUUGCUCAAUUUUCAUUAUUGUAAUGCAUCUGUAUGUUUUAUAUAUAUAUAUAUAUAUAUACAGUACAGACCAAAGUUUUGGAAACAUUACUAUUUUUAAUGUUUUUGAAAGAAGUUUCUUCUGCUCAUCAAGCCUGCAUUUAUUUGAUCAAAAAUACAGAAAGAAAUGUAAUAUUGUGAUAAAUUAUUACAAUUUAAAAUAAUUAUUUUUAAAUUUAUUAUACUUUAUUUCUGUGAUGCAAAGCUGAAUUUUUAGGAUCAUUAUCACAUGAUCCUUUAGAAAUCAUUCUAAUAUGAUGAUUCAUUAUCAAAGUUGGAAACAGUUCUGCUGCUUAAUAUUUUUCCAGAACAUGUGAAACUUUUUUAGGAUACUUUGAUGAAUAAAAAGUAAAAAAAAAAAUAAUAAUAAUAAUAAAAAAGAAGCUACGUUUUUAAAAUAUAAAUGUUUUGUAAUAAAUAUAUACACUACUGGUCAGUAAUUUGGGGUCAGUAAUUUUUUUUUUUUUUUUAAUAAAUGCAGUUCUUUUUAGCCUUUUAUUCAUCAAAUAUAUUAGACAGCAGAACUGUUUCCAACACUCAUAAUAAAUCAGAAUAUUAGAAUGAUUUCUAAAUGAUCAUGUGAUAGACUGGAUGUUACAUGUGACACUGAAGGCUGGAGUAAUGAUGCUGAAAAUUCAGCUUUGCAUCACAGGAAUAAAUUAUUUUAUUUUAAGUAUAUUCAAAUAGAAAACUAUUAUUUUAAGUUGUAAUAAUAAUUCACAAUAUUAUUGUUUUAUCUUUAUUUUUGAUCAAAUAAAUGCAGGCUUCAUGGGCAGAAGAAACUUCUUUCAAAAACAUUACAUUUUUUGGCUAUUAUUACUAUAAAUAUUUUUGUAUAAUGUAACAGUAUGUUAUUUCAUUUAACAGCAUUAAAAUUAAAUACAAUUAAAACAAAUAAUAUAUUCCACACAGUACACAUACAGUACAAUACAGUAAUGAUGAUUGGGAGAAUUGUACUUUUUUAACAAUAAUGUUGUCAGUGCAAAAAAAAAAAUGUUUUGUUUAUGCACAAACAGGUUUUGUGAGAUACAUCUUAUGAUGCUGAACUAAGAUCAGUUUUUUGGACUUGAUAAGUGAACUUAGGGAUUUGGACCGGAAAACUGACCUUAUAAUGGGCAUUUACUGCCUGAAGUGUUUAUUUUAUUUUAUUUUUUAUUUAUUUUUAUAAAUGGACUCGAGUGUCAUUAUCACUGGAACAGGAUCUUUUCAGCCUCAGACAGUGGCUUUGGCUCACAACUUCGCUUUAUAUUGCCAAAUGUGCACAAAAACAAAUGUAAGUAGUGCACAAACUCUUUUUUUUAUGGUUGAAAACCGGUGAGCUUUUUUUUUUUGUUCACAGCCUUUUUCUUCUUCCUCUAAAUCACUAAAAGCAUCUCAGUAACAGCCGUGACAUCUCUUAGUCCUGUAAGUGUUUAUUAGAAAGAGACAGACAAGCUGUGCUUAGAGGCAAGUAAACCCAUAACCGCUGUAUACACACACACACACACACACACACACACACACACACACACACACACACUACCUGCAUGCUCCUGACCUGAGAUAUUUCUAACUCUUUAAAACGAUGAGCCAUUUUUGUAGGAACGUGAACUGUUUGGCAUUAGAAUACAUGUGACUUAACACUGAUAGAACAAUAGCUUUAUUAUUCGAUAAGCAACUGUUUAUUUUAUUUUUUCGAGAUGAGAUUGUGAGUGUAUUUCUCCUCUUCAUUCUGGAAAUCUGUGCUUCUGUUCACACGGGGAAUAGGCCGAUUCUGUUAUCAGAUACAGUCAUGGAUAGGCAAUACAUCAGUUUACUCCUCUGGUGUGAUAUUAGCUAUUAGCUCUUACCUGCAGUAAAGUUGUUUGUAACAUUAAACUAAGUUUUUGUUGAUUCGUUUGAUUUUUAUAUUUAUGAUUUCAUAUGUAUCCUGUUUUUUAAAGUAAUAAAAUGGAGGGGAAAAAGGACAA